ACCAAGGACUCCACGACUUGUGCGGCACAAUAAGUUCAUUCUGCUUAGCAAGUGUCCUUCAGUUCCCCCCACAACAACCUCCAGCGAAACUUUCUCAGAGCAUAAUUUAUUUGGUCGCUAUGAACCCCUUCAAUCCAAAAAUCACUCUCCUUGUCAUUACCACCCUCCUUCUCAGUUUGUGCACAAGUGCGAAGAAGCGCAAGUGUCGGGCUACGCUGAACUCAGACGCCUACGGUAACUCAUGGGAAAAAGCCAAUGUCAAAUGGAAAAGCCCCAAGCACCAAAAGGAAGGCGUAGUCGAGGCCACGAUUCAUGGUCGGAUGGACAUCCCAACGAAUGAGGGCUCAACCAUCAAGUCUCAUGUCUGUUACGCAACUUUGAAAGUCAACCUCACUGAUUGCUCCAUCGUCCUUGGGAAGAAUGACACGGCCGAUCAGGGGUGGGAUCCACACCAUUCACCGAUAUACCGAAACCAGGACACAUGGAAUUGGAACGAGACUCUUACCUUUCGACCGGAUUGUCCAGAAAACAUUCAUGUGGAAGUCUUUGAGCCCUAGAGAGAUUGCAACCUCGGCACAACAUCAGAGAGAAGAAGCCUGUUCGCUCUAGAGAUCGACUCAAUUCAACUUUAUGAUCCGGCCCAAUCCCCUACGGCAAACUUCCGUCUCUACAUAUAUACAUCAAAAAGCGAGUACAUUACACCCCAAACGUAAACAAGAAGGCAUUUGGCUACGGCAUUGUCUUCAGAACUAGACCAAAAAUUCAUACAUAUAAUUCUCAAAUUUAUUGCAUAUUCUAUCAUUCUCCUUCGACUACUUUUGUAAACUUCGUCAACCCAACCAAACCUCGCCUCCCAGUUUAACAAUGGCUUCUUACACGUCCAUAGUGCACCUGGAGCUUAGUAGCGGCUCUGUGCACGGGAUUUGAUUUGAAUUUUUUACACAGAAAAUAUAACCAAAAAUUUGAAAAUGUG